CUGGGCGAAUCGAAGCGGACGAAAUGAAAUUCGGAGGACAUGACACGGAAUCGGCUAUAAGAGGGGGGGAGCCAAAAAACGCGCCGCUCGAAGGAACCCAUCCCACAGCGACUAAAAUCGAGCGCCUCCCGCUCCGGGAAAAACCGCCCCUGCGCGAAGCGCGGCACUUUAGUGCGCCUGCGCGUGGGGCGGCUCGAGAGCACCACUUCGGAUGCCGCAGCAAGGCGGUACGAUUGAAGCUUAAACCUGAGGCUCCCGGCCGCCCAACACGUGGUCACGCGCAGAGGGCUGAUGUGCACCAGAAAUAGGGGGAAACGACCGCUGCGCACGACGCGCGGCGAGAGCGCACGGGGCGAGGCCGCGGCCAUGGGGCGUGAGCCACGAGACCCCGCCGUUUGGCGCGCUCGCCCGCGCCAUGCGUGGAGGGGAGCCGAGAGGAGGAAGAGGGAGAGGGAGGGCGAACUGGAGCUGGCGAGGCGACGCGGCGGGCUCUACCUGCCGGGCCCCUGGGGCGGGGGGCCGCAGGGGCCGCCGACCUCCGCCACCACCACCACCAUGCCGCCGGCGAGGAUGCCGACGAGGCGGCUGGUGCACCGGCCGUGUCGGUGAGCAGGGCACGCCAGGCGGAGCCGCAGGGAGGGAGGGGCGGCGGCAGGAGCCUCCGACCUCCGCGCGUCGUGCGUCGGCCGUCUCGCCCGGCAUCUGUCUGCCGUCGGCCCCGCGCGGAGGGCAGCACCAGUGGAGGCACGGGGGAGGGGCUGCAGCAGGCGCAUGCGAUGGGGGACAGGGAAAGAACGGCUGGGCCUGCAGGCUUGCGAGAUGGGCACCCGAGGGGAACAUACGCCGAACAGCGGGGCCCCGCAAAGCGGCCCAGCCCGUCGACGCGGAGCCGGCAGGCAAAGAAGCGCACGCGAGGGCCGACAGCGCCACGCCGCCGGAGACCUGGGGCGUGCGGCGAGUCAAGGAGCAGGAGCCCCUCCCCCGCAGAAGUGCAGCCCGAAGGCGAGGAGCCCAGAGGGCGCUACCGUGGGAGCGCAACGCUGCGGCCCGGCGAAGAAUAUUGUGGCUGGACGCGCUCCGGGAUCUCUCCGGCGGCGCGAUGGUCGUCUCGGUCCCGGCGUCUUUUUCGCCGACUCCGCUGGGUGCGAAGCAAUGGGGGGCGACAACUGGGGGACGGGCCCUGUAGGUCCCCCUUCUUGGCCGGAAAGGGUCC